AUGGAUGAAGACGAACGUCCUCGGAAUAUUCAAACGAGAGUUUCUAAAGACAGAAUCAGUUCGUUGCCCGACGAUUUGCUCAUACAGAUAUUAUCGCGUGUUCCGACCGAAGAUGCAGUGGCCACGACGUUUUUGUCAAAACGGUGGCGAUAUGUCUGGAUAAUGUUGCCUAGACUUGACUACAAAGAUACGGGAAAGAGAAAGAGCAUCUGGUGGUUACUUGACCAGUCCAUACGAUUAUACCAAGCGCCUAGAUUAGAACGUUUGCGUAUUAGACUCGGUCGACAUUGCCCCGUUGAUGUCGAUGUUACAAACUGGGUUGCAAAAGCAAUUGAUUGCUGCGUACGUAACCUUUUGUUCGCGCUCCACUGGAAAACCGAGCCGAUCAGAAUGCCUCAAGCCCUUUACACAUGCAACACGCUUGCGAGAUUGGCUCUCAUCUCCGCAAAAAUUAUUGUGGACGUUCCUUCACCGGUUUCUCUCCCAUCACUCACACAGCUUGAGCUUAUACGCGUUGUGUACAGAGACGAAGAUUCUCAUGUUAGGCUUUUAUCAGGUUGCCCCGUUCUCAAGCAUCUUACCGUGGUUCGAUACGCUGAUGUGGAUGAUAAUGUGAGAAAGUUUAGUGUGAAAGUGCCUUCCUUACUGACUUUAUGGUAUGAGUUACGUCGAGUAAACGAGGAUGAUACUGAUAGGUCUUUGGUUAUAGACACCCCGGCUUUAAUGCACGUAGGCAUCUUUGAUAGUUUUGGAGGCUCUUGCACAAUAGAGUAUAUGCCACAUAUUGUGACGGCAUCCAUAGCUGCUACGUUUUACCCUGAGGACAAUUUUCUGAGCUCUCUUUCUUCCAUCAAGAAUCUUGAGCUAUACCCGUUUGAUACAAUGGUUCCAUGGUGUAACGCCGUUAACUACUUUCGACUUAUCGAGUGUCGUCUACGUGAUUUUGACCCUGACUGGUGCGAAUCACUUGUCGUUUUGCUCACUAAUUGUCCUGUACUGAAAAAAUUUAUGGUCGACUGCAAUUAUGAGAUUGAUCGGUCUGAUGAUCAUGUUCCAGUUUUAUGGGACCAACCGAGUUCUGUUCCCAAAUGCUUGUCGUCUUGUCUCGAGUUCUUUAGAUACACAGGGUAUGCAGGAAGAGAAGAUGAAAGAGAACUCAUAAGGUACAUUUCACAAAACUCCAAGUGUUUGAAUAGGGCGGAGAUUUGCCUGAAUCCAACCUGCAAUCGUGAAGAGGAAGAGCAGAUGGCUGAGGAGUUUACAUCUAUGCCUAAGGUUUUUGUUUUGAAACCCGAAACCAGUUCUGUCUAG